AAAAACCCCAAACCAAAAACCCCAAUCUACUUGCUGUAGGCUCAGAAGCUUAAGUGAAGAGGAAGAAAGGAUGCUAAGGUUUCAAUGCUCUCUUCACCUUCUCCAGGCUUCUUCUACGGUGAAUAACAACAACCACUCGAAUCUUUGCCUCCACAAUUUGGCGCCGUUUCGUGUCUCCGGCACGAUUAAGGUACCGAAGAUUCAGAGGGUACGUGCAGAUUGCUCUAGAAGGAGUGUAAGAGUGAGAAUUAAUGGUUUAGGUAGAGAAAUGGAAGAAGAAGAAGAAGAUGUGGAAGAGUUUGAAGAAGAUGAGUUCACGUCGAGGAAGAGAGAAAGUUACGGAGGGAAGAAGGAGGAUAUCAAUUACGAUAAAGACCCUGAGUUCGCUGAUAUUCUUGGUGAUUGUUUAGAUAAUCCAGAGAAAGCUCAAAAGAAGAUGGAAGAGAGGUUGAGGAAGAAGAGGAACAAGAUUCUUCAUACCAAGACUGGUUCUGCUAGUUCCAUGCAGGUCACUUUCAACAAGUUUGAGUAUUCGAAUUCAUACAUGUGGUUGGAGUUUCACAACGCUCCUCUGGAUAAAGACAUUGCCUUGAUCACUGAUACAAUCCGUUCCUGGCAUAUCCUUGGACGGCUUGGUGGAUACAACUCCAUGAAUAUGCAAUUAUCGCAAGCGCCGGUGGAUAAGAGGCCAAACUAUGAUGCUAUCCUUGGAGCUAAUAUCGAGCCAACCACAUUUUAUAACAUCGGGGAUCUUGAGGUCCAAGACAAUGUCGCUCGCAUAUGGCUAGAUAUUGGGACCUCAGAGCCGUUGAUUCUUGAUGUUCUGAUAAACGCAUUGACACAAAUCAGCUCAGACUAUGUUGGGAUCAAGAGAGUUGUGUUUGGUGGUUCUGAGUUUGAGAACUGGAAGGAGAAUUUGACAUCUGAGGAGUCUGGUUUCAGAGUCCACAAAAUUUAA